CACCCCCUCACUCAGAGGCGCAGCCAGCGUGUGAGAGAGAACCUGAGCAGUUAAUUAUAGCCGUCUCUCCUUUUAGCUGUAACUCAUCCCUCGUCUUGAUUUGAAUUUCUUCAGCGCCCAGACCCUCCCCGGGGAAUCACUGCUGUCUUUUUUGGCUGCACGCAGCGCAGGAUCUGGGAAAGGCCUCGCUAUUAGAAGGAAUGUGGUAGUGAUGUAGAAGCUGGGAGAGCUGUGGCCUGCAGAGUACCCGGCACUGCCUCUGUUGCUGCUGCUGCUGCUGAGGCUGAUGCUGCUGCUGUGACUGAGGUGCUCUCGCUGGAGCGAAACUGCUGAGGAUUUUCUAACGGGGGAUGCCCAGCUCUUACACUUCGUUUUAAGGAAUUUACUUCUUUCGGGACGGGGGGAAACACACACAUAGCCAGGGGUGGGAGAAGGGAAGGAGUCAACUGAUGCAACAAGAGGAUGAGAGUGCGAUCGCAGGGCAGCCUUAUACAAGUGGGAGUCUAUCCUUAAUGCUUUCUCUGAAUGGAAACACUACGGUCCUACAGUUCAAAAGCCAUUGUUCCAGUUCUUACACUGCUGAGAUCUAAUAAGAUCCAAACAGCUGUCGUCAAUUUGGAUAAAUGACUCUGAAUACCUGGCUGCACCUGUGCUGUUUAGCUUGAUUCCAAGUACACAGGUUUCUGAAGGGGCAUAUUAGGAAAGAAUUUGUGUGCCCCCCUCACACUCAUUACGGUACAAAAAAGCUGACCUAGACAACCUUUCCCAUUGUGGCAAGAAUGAACAGUCUUAAGGGGUGAUCAGAUGGUAUUCAGUAUUUGGAUCUAGUACUUCUGGUGAGAAGGCGUGUGUGUACCUCCACAGAAUCGCAUAGCUCCUAGUGUGACAUCAUCUUGAAUGGAAGAAGAAAGUAAUACAGUAUUGGAUCUGCCACCACUUACUAACACAAUGGGAAUCUCUCGAGAGAAAUGAAUGAGAUAUGUGACUUGGAUUAUAGCAUCUGAAGGACUAAGCUAUUCUGUUGGAGAAGAGUUCUAAAUGAGCCAAGCUGAGAUACUGGAUCUGUGUGAAGAGGACUAAGGAUAUAAUAGGAUGUCAACUGAGACAGAACUUCAAGUGGCUGUUAAAACCAGCACGAAAAAGGAAUCAAAAAAGAAAGGUCAAGACCGCAGUGAAGCCACUUUGAUAAAGAGGUUUAAAGGGGACGGUGUUCGGUAUAAAGCAAAACUUAUUGGAAUAGAUGAAGUUUCUGCUGCAAGAGGAGACAAGCUAUGCCAAGAUUCUAUGAUGAAGCUCAAGGGGAUUGCUGCUGGUGCACGAUCAAAAGGAGAACACAAACAAAAGGUCUUUUUAACAGUGUCCUUUGGAGGAAUCAAAAUCUUUGAUGAAAAAUCUGGUAUAAUGCAUCACCAUCACGCAGUCCAUGAAAUCUCGUACAUUGCAAAGGACAUUACUGAUCAUCGGGCGUUUGGAUAUGUGUGUGGGAAGGAGGGAAAUCAUAGAUUUGUGGCAAUAAAGACAGCGCAAGCUGCAGAGCCAGUCAUUUUGGAUUUGAGAGAUUUAUUUCAGCUUAUCUAUGAGCUGAAGCAGAGGGAAGAAAUUGAGAAAAAGGCACAAAAAGAUAAGCAAUGUGAACAAGCUGUAUAUCAGACAAUUUUGGAAGAAGAUGUAGAAGAUCCUGUUUACCAGUACAUAGUAUUUGAGGCUGGCCAUGAAUCCAUACGAGAUCCAGACAAUGAAGAAAGCAUUUAUCAGGUUCCUACCAGCCAUAAGAAAGAGGGGGUCUACGAUGUGCCAAAAAGUCAACCUAUAAGUAAUGGAGACUUAAUAAUUUUUGAUGAAAGUCCUUCUGAUGCCUUUGAGGCUGUUACCCAAUUAGCGCUUUUUGGAGAUAUGUCUACUCCUCCUGACGUAACGUCUCCUUCAACCCCAGCGACUCCAGGUGAUGCCUUUAUGACUUGUUCAUCUCAGCUACACCCAGCCCCUGUUCAUAUGUUUGGAACUCUCCCUUAUAAUCCUGUUGCUGUACCAUCAGGUUAUGUUGCGAUGGGAGCUGUCCAGUCAUCAUUCUGGGGACAACAACCAUUAGUUCAACCACAAAUGGUCCUCGGUGGCCAGCCUCAAGUUGCUCAGGUUAUGCAGGGAAACCAGACAAUAACUUGGGCCCAACCUGGCCUUUACCCAACUCAGCAACAGCCAUGGCCAACUUUACCUGGCCAGUUUCCACCCACUGCCUUCAUGCCAACACAAACUGUUUUGCCUUUUCAAGCAGCCAUGUAUCAAGGUACCAGUGCUCCUAUAGCUGCUGUGCAACCAACUAGUGACUCCAUGAGAUCAAGUCCAUUACGACCUGAACUCAAUUUAGGGAAAGAGAUGUUUAAAGAUUUUCAGAUGGUAAAUCCUCCUCCAGUGCCAUCAAGAAACCCAGACCAGCCUUCCCUCUCAUGUACCUCAGAGGCCUUCUCAAGUUAUUUUGACAAAGUUGGGUUGGCUCAGGAUACAGAUGAUUGCGAUGACUUUGACAUCUCACAAUUAAAUUUGACGCCUAUGACAUCCACAUCACCAUCUACCAAUUCACCGCCAACGCCAGCCCCGAGGCAGAGCUCUCCUUCAAAAUCCUCAGCGUCUCACACAAGCGAUCCCAUUCCUGAUGACAUCUUUGAAGAAGGCUUUGAAAGUCCCUGUAAAAGUGGAGAACAAGAUGCACCUGAUGCAUCUCAGGCCUCAUCCUGCACUGACCUAGGUGAGCCAAGUGGUGAUGCUAUAAGCCCACAGGUCGGUAGCUAGAUAGCACAGCUGGCGAAAAGAGUUGAAGAGCCACUCUAUGCCCAGAUCCAGAGACCGAAGAAAUAGCAUUAUAGCGUUUAUAGUGCUUGAAGAAGUGACUGAACACCCGGCUAGCUAUUGGCACUUACAGGAUCCUUUCAACUGACCAUAACAAUGGGUUUUACCAGUUUACGGAAAGAAAGAGUUUUGUGGCAAAGGCAGCGCAAAGGAUAGUCUCUCUCUCAGCACCAAUGUCCCAAAAGGCACUGACAUGGAAGAUGACUUUUGAUUUGUUCAUAUUAGCUAAUUUUGACCAUUUAACUUCUUUAUGGGAACAAUACAACCUGAAUAUUUUAUGACUACUUUACUUUGUCAUUUUUCUUUAUAAAGGUUUUUAUACUUAUAUAUAAAUAAUGCAAACCCCCAAUGUAGCAGCAGCAGUACCACAGAGGAUUAUGGAGGCUGAACGUUACACUGUUGUUCCUCAUGGAAGCUUUUUUAGCAGCACCUAAAGAAGAGGGUCACUGAAAGACAUAUUAUUUUAUUUCAUAUGACAACCAUGUUUAUGUGGGUUGGGAGGGGGAGGAAGGCUCAAAAUACAUUUUUUUUAUAAAACCGCUCCAUUGACCUUGGAACUAGAAGAAGAGAUAUAUAAACUUUUAUGGUCUACGUGGAAGCGGAAAGACGCCAAAUAUUCUAGACACUGAGAGAUUCAUAGAUACACAAACAGACUUUCAGACAAUAAAAUUGAGGAUGCUUCCUCAUCUGGUACCUUGCUGCUGAAAAGCUAUGCAGACUCCUAUGUGUGCCAUUUUUGAAGAUCGAAUAUUUGCCUAAAUAAAACUCUGGAACAAAUCCAAAUGGUGGAUAGAAAUGAAAUAGACUUUCUCUGGGGACAUUAGAGGCAUGACUUUUGCUAUAAGAGAAUCUGUGAUUAGAUUACCCAAUUCUGUCUCUUUUGUACAUUAGGGGAAAAAUUGGAUUUUUAUUUUAUAAUUGUAACAUUAAACUCUUCAAAUGGAAAAGGCUUUAAGUAAUUAACAUACAAUGACAGAUUUUGUAAAUAUGAGUAUUAAUGACAAAUGGUUUCAUAUUGCCAUUACACUGUAGCAAGAUAGCGAAUGUCAGUGAUUGGAAGGUGUGUCAUUUUCAGGUUUCAUAUCACAUGGUUUUUUUCAAGUGCAGAGUAAUUAGCUUGUCAGAAACUAAUAAACUGAAUGAGGAUCCUUGUA